CCGCAGCAGCCCCGGGCGCGAAGCGGAGGCCGGGGCAGGGACCGGGCGGACCCGCACAAAGUUCUCGGCCGCUCAGCUGCAGGAGCUGGAGCGGAGCUUCCGCGAGCAGCACUAUAUCGGAUCCGGCGAGAAGAAGCGGCUGGCAGCCGAACUGAACCUCUCCCAGAACCAGAUCAAGUCCUGGUUCCAGAAUCGUCGUAUGAAGUUAAGACGUCAGACUCAAGAAGCCAGACUGGAAGCUCUUUUCUCAGGCUUGUUUUUGCCAUAUCGCCAUUACCCAGAUCUUGCUACAUCCAACUGUUCUCAUGAGACAGAUGUCAACAUCUCUUCUACCUCCAGUUUCCCUUCACCCAGCUAUGCCAAGCCCUGCCUUGUUACCUUCUGUUGGCAGCUCAGUCUCUUCACCCGGUUUUGCCAAGUCUGGCAUUACUGUUGCCUUCCAGCCCAGGAUUAUCUCGUUACUCCUGCAAUUCCAGCAAUGACUCCGAUGACCAUAAAAGACUGAGGUUCCAGCCAUACCUUCCUUCCUGUUAAAAAUACCAAAGAUUACCUGUGGUCUAAAUUAGAGCUGCCAAAUAUCUCUAAGAAUAAUUAUUUAACUUAUUUUGUUAUAUUAAAUAGCUUGUUGAUUCAAUUUAA